UAUAUAUAUAUAUAUAUAUAUACCACCAUCCUUUUUUUCCCCUGACAACCUGUUUAUCAGACCCAUCUGAAAACUGGAAUGUAAUUUAACUAUCAAGAUAUACAGUAUGUGGACAGGACAGAUGUUUAGUGUAAGCUUGUUUCUAGUUUCCUCAACCUGGAGGAGUAGGUAGUAAUGACAUGCUGCUAAUUAACGUUACUUCUUAUAAAUCUAGCAAGUGUUACAUAGCAGCUAAAAACCUUAAGCUUUUGUGAAAAUCAUUAGUAGGGCAUUGAUAUUGAUAUCCAAAAAAAUUAUAUUUUUCUUGGGAAAAACACAUUUAAAAGCGGAACUGAAGUUAAAAGUAAAGCUAACCAUGUAAUUCAAUCAACAUUUAAACCUGUGAAAAUUGUUUUAUAAUUGUCUAAAGACUUUUUGUGGCCUAAAUCAUUGAGGAAAGUGGCUAUCUCAUUGAAAUGUUUAAGAAAUUUAAAGGUAAGAUAUCUGAAUAUAACCAACUGCAUUUCGGGCUUUAAAAGAUAUUAAUCCUCGUAACUGAUGUCUUUUUCCUUGUUGCAGGAGAAGCUUUUGAUAUGACCGGACCUACCUUACUAUUAUUUCACAUCUCUAUGUGGUGGGCUACUGUUUCUGUCUGUCUGAUCAAGCUCAUUAUUCUCAUCUCAUCUGGCUGCACUUUUGCUGACUGACUUGUUGAAAAUAUCAAUUGCUGGCUGUAAACAACAAUACAACCAGGCUCCAGUCUAGUAAUGUUGUCAUGAAGCAAAUGAAUGGGUUCCACCAAAAAUCAGAUGACUGCUAUAGCACCACUAUCAGGAAAAUUGUUCCCACUCUUUGAUCUUCAUCAUUUUGGAUAAGACCAGAUUGUUCUGCACGUUUGGCUUGUUUUAUGGUGCAAAUGGAGGCACAGAAUGUCUGUUAUCAUACUAGGGACCAAAAAAUCACUCCUCAGUGAGUUUAUGGAAGUGCAACACUAAGUUUAUGGAGUUGCUGCAUUAUGUGAAAUGUGCAGUGUAAACAAAAACCUUACUCAAACAUAAUACAAAUUGGGGCACAAAGACACAACAUGGCUGUAAACCUGCAAAUCCAAAUGUGAGUCUUUAGUCAUUGUUAACCUGUCCAGUAAAAACUUUACCAGGAAGUUUACCAAACUGUUAAAGUGCUUAAUUAUUUAACUUCACAGAACACUGACCUAGAAUGAUUGAAGAGAGUGUUUGUAUUUGUUCUGACCUUUGGUCAGUACAUAUUCUCAAUUUAGAGUGACAGAAGCAGGGCAGGAAGGGAACUUGCAGUGGCAACAAACCGACGCAGAUUAUUUUUGAAUAAUGGAGAUAUUAGAUGUGUUUGUCCAGACAUCCAGCUCUUUCUCCCUGUUAGGGGCUCUGGUGGUCCUGCUGCUUCUCUACCUCAUCUCCUCCUCCAGCUUCAACUCGCAGGAGAUCAGGAAAGAACCUCCAGGACCAAAACCACUUCUCCUGCUUGGGAAUCUGCUGCAAAUGAACCUUAAGAGACCCUACAACACAUUAUUGAAGCUUUCCAAGAAAUAUGGGUCAGUGUUCACCGUCUAUUUGGGACCCAAGAAAGUGGUGGUCCUGGCUGGAUACAAGACAGUGAAGGAGGCACUUGUCAACUACGCUGAUGAGUUUGGAGACAGAGAUCCAAUGCUAAUUGUGCAUGAAGUUAAUAAAGGAAAUGGUAUUGUAUGGUCCAAUGGCGAUUUAUGGAAGGAGAUGAGGCGCUUUACCAUAACCAACCUGAGAGACUUUGGGAUGGGCAAGAAGACUUGUGAGGACAAAAUCAUUGAGGAAUGUGACUAUCUUCUUAAAGUGUUUAAGAAAUAUAAAGGAGAAGCUGUUGAUACGACUGGACCAAUAAACUAUGCAGUCUCUAACAUUAUCUGCUCCAUUGUUUAUGGCAGCAGAUUUGAAUAUGACGAUCCAGAGUUUACAUCCAUGGUAGAUCGAACAAGCAGAAACAAUCAACUAUUGGGGACCCCAUCAGUACAGGUGUACAACCUGUUUCCUUGGAUUGGAAAAUGGUUUGCCGGCAAAAAAGAAUUCCAUAAAUUGUUUGCUGCCAAUAUUAAACAGAACUUACAGCUGUUCAGUCGUUUGAAAGAGACCCUCAAUCCACAGAUGUGCAGAGGCAUUGUGGAUGCGUUUCUGGUCCACAAGCAAAAUCUGGAGGAAUCUGGGAUUACUAACAGUCACUUCCACAAUGAAAACCUUUUGAUCACAGUUAUUAAUUUGUUUGCUGCUGGCACUAAUACAACAGCAACUACACUCAGAUGGGGACUGCUGUUUAUGACCAAAUAUCCAAAAAUACAGGACCAGGUCCAGGAGGAGCUGAGCAGGGUGAUAGGAAGUCGUCAGGUGCAGGUUGAGGACAGGAAGAACCUGCCCUUCACUGACGCUGUCAUCCACGAGACACAGAGACUGGCCAACAUCGCCCCCAUGGCACUUCCUCAUAAAACUACCCAAGAUGUCACUUUCCAGGGUCACUUCAUUAAGAAGGGGACCACAGUGUAUCCUCUCUUGACUUCUGUCCUGUAUGAUGAGAGUGAGUGGGAGAGCCCACACACCUUUUAUCCUGCCCACUUCCUGGACAAAGAUGGAAAGUUUGUCAAGCGAGAUGCCUUCAUGCCUUUUUCUGCAGGCCGCAGGAUUUGUCUUGGAGAAAGUCUGGCCAGGAUGGAGCUUUUCAUCUUCUUCACCACCCUCCUGCAACACUUUCGCUUCACUCCUCCACCUGGAGUUUCAGAGGAUGAACUAGAUCUGAGUCCACGUGUGGGCUUUGGCUGCCGCCCUUCACCUCAUAAACUGUGUGCUGUCUCCUGUAUGUGAGGAGGAGGAGGGCUGGUUUCAUGCAGCAAGCUUAACUUAGUCUAGGCAUAUAAAAUGAGUUAAUUAUAAUGUGUUACUGUACACGUAACUGAUUAGAUUCUACUUUAUGCAAUGUCACAGGUGUAGCAGGAUUCAUAUCAAAUUCCCAGCAGACUUGUCUUUAAAAAGUUGAAUGUGAAAUUCCCAGAAUAAAAUGCAGCUUUUAAAGAAACA